UCCCUAUCGCCUGGAAGCUGCGUGAACGGACCCUUCCCGCCAGCUUCUCCCCGAUCAUCUUGCCAUCCCUCAUCCAUCUCUGAUGCUGGUUGAAGCCAGAUAACCUUUGCUGGCCUUCCAUCGAGGCCGAUCAGUCGCCCGGAUAAUAGGCUUUGGACUCGUUAUCCCUUGGCCCCGUUAUUGUGCCCCCCCAACCAGCACCAUCAUCGCGAUGGCAAAGAGUCUUUCCGACAUGGUGGAGCUGAUAUCCUCACCCUCGGCCGUGAAGAGCCUCGACUCGGAUGUGUCACCUAGGACCCAGAACUCCUCGAAGCCCAAGGACUAUUUCUCGCCGCAACCAAAGGCCCAUUCCAGCGACUCCGAAAACCAGACGCCCGCAGUCGAUUACCGAGCAGCAACCACUUCCCCUACGAGCGGGACUAGCGCCUCGAGGCGCGUCAGCAUCGUCUCUCCUCUUUCCUUGGCCGAUAGCUUUCAGGAUGAAUCUCGGCGGACGUCACAGAGCGGCGGAAGCAGCAGCGAACGCCCUCCUGUCGGAUCUAGAAAAUCCUCCGCCGUAUCCAUAUCCUUCCAGGCUCCGCGCCAUCCCGCGCUGCCGCAAGGCAAGCCCCGAAAGACCGACAACAGACGGCUGCGUGCGUCAUCGCCUUCCCCCGUGAGGUAAGUUAUCCCUCUCCGGAGAGUUGUUUGUUUCUGGCUUUUGCCACGCCCAAAUCCGCACCAUAUAUAUCCUUCUGCAUCACCCGCCCCGCCCAAACCCGUCCGAUGUUCGGCGCCAGUGGUGCCUUGUUUCUAACGGGGAUAGCCC